UAUAUUGUUAAUAAUAGAUUCAUGUAGUCAAUAUUGUUAAUUAUUUAUGUUAAUUAAUACGAUUAUAGUUUUUUUAAUACAGUUAUUACAAUGUUUUUGUGUUUAUUCAUAUUUUUACUCUAUGGCACUCCUUCAAUUCUCACAGAAGUAGCCACCGACCAAAGACAUUUGGACAGAUAUCUACUGAAAUUUGAGGAGGCAGUUCUUAAUAGAGACAAAAGGGCGACAUGUCGGCCCAAUCAAUGGAGAUGCCGGGAUGGUACUUGCAUCGGUUUCGACGGUAUGUGUGACGGUAUCGUGAACUGUCCGGACGGUAGCGACGAGACGCACUCUCUCUGUAGAAACAGUCGUUGUCAGAACAACUGGUUCCAGUGCACAUACGGCGCGUGUGUAGACGGGACGGCGCCCUGCAAUGGCGUACAAGACUGCGCCGACAAGUCGGAUGAGCUGCAUCCACGCUGCAGGAACGAAUCCUUGCCCAUCCUUUUCUUCAAAUGCCACAACGGAGAGCAGAUCCCAGUCUCUGACCAAUGUGAUGGCGUGCGGCACUGCUCGGAUGGGUCGGACGAGCGGGUGGAAACUUGCGUGGCGCAGACCUGCUUCCCGUACCUGUUCCAGUGCGCAUACGGCGCCUGCGUCGACCGGGGCUCCCCUUGCAACGGCGUACGUGACUGUGCGGACGGUUCUGAUGAAUCUGAAGAACUGUGCCACAACGUCGUGGCUACUGAUGACUCCAACAAAUAUAAUGACAACAAAAGCCCAACUCAACCAGGGGUUUGCAUUUUACCCUCGUACCCAAAAAAUGGACGAUACAGGGUCACGAACGGUCCAAACGACUUCCCAGGCCAGUCUGCGGACAUGUAUCUCCUAAAUGUUUCGUGUCACCAAGGUUACAGAUUAGCUGGUGACAGCACUGUAUACUGUUUCCAAGGGUACUGGGUUCCAGAGAAUUUGCCCAAAUGCCUCCGUUCCUGCAGGUUCACACCGCAUCCCAGCGUAGAAUACUCCUGCUUAUCAGACAGGUCCUCACAAAGACGACGAGCUUGCAAUGAAUACGAGCCUGACGGUACAGUCAUUAGGACCCGGUGUAGACCGGACUAUAACGGACGACCUCGUACUAUGAGAUGCGUCGACGGAAAUUGGAACUCAAUUCCCCAAUGUUCAAUGCAUCAUCAAGACGGAACCAACAUCACAAUAUUAGUUAAAGAUCAGGUCGAAGUUCACAUAAGUGGUAUACAGUACGCAUCAAACGAUGUUACUGAAAAGAAAGAGGUAGAAGAUGAUAGCAGUUACGAUAUUGAUGAAGGGGAUUUAAGGAUAGGAGUAGCUAGUAAACCUAAACCUAAUAAUAAUAGAGUAAAUUUACAAUUUAAUAAUAGUACUAUUAGUAUAGACAGUGAUCGUAGUAUACAUUUUAGACAAUAAACUUAAAAUUUUAUAGUUGUA